AUGAUUUACAGUUCUGGCAGAGCAAUGUGGGAUGACGUGGCAGAUGAACCGCCACCAGAUGGCGGUCUUACAGCCUGGCUACAGGUUCUAGCUGGUCAUCUCGUCGUCUUUAAUGCCUGGGGCUAUGCCAAUAGUUUUGGGAUAUUUCAGAGUUACUAUGCUUCAUCGCUAAACCUUCCCGCCUCUACCAUUUCCUGGAUCGGUAGCACUCAAGUCUUCCUGAUUUUCCUGAUCGGAGCGGUUUCGGGGCGCGCCUUCGACACUGGUUACUACCAACCUAUUCUGUGGACUGGAUGCUUACUACAGUUGCUGGCUAUAUUUACUACCAGUAUCUGCACAAGCUACUGGCAGCUGUUUCUGGCACAGGGUAUCUGUCAAGGCUUCGGCAACGGCCUUACAUUUUGCCCCACAAUUGCAUUGAUUUCAACUUAUUUCGCGACCAAGCGUACCAUUGCUAUAUCGACAGCUGCAAGUGGUGCAGCAACGGGAGGAAUUGUAUUCCCUAUAAUUGCAGAGCAAUUGCUACCUCGCCUUGGUUUUCCCUGGACAAUCCGCAUUAUGGGUUUCGUCGUGCUGCUGAAUGUAGCGGUAGUACUGUCUAUUGUUAAGGCGCGACAGUUACCCCUCAAAAGUAGGCAGCUUAUUGAGCUAGCAGCUUUCAAGGAGUUACCUUAUUUGCUUUUUACAAUCAGCAUGUUCUUUACUCUUUGGGCAACUUAUUUUGCGUAUUACUAUGUACGUUCAUAUGCUCUCGAUAAGCUGCAUGUAUCAGAGGCUUCCUCGUACAAUCUUCUUCUUAUUGUCAAUGCUAUUGGGAUUCCGGGUCGCAUCAUCCCAGCCUUACUCGCAGAUCGCUGCUCUAGUGCGAUAACAGUCCUCAUUCCUAUUAUAUUCUUUGCUGCUAUUUGUCUCUAUAUGUGGCUCCUCGUGCUUUCUUUGGCGCAUGAAAUAGUUUGGGUCAUAUUUUUUGGAUUCUUUGGCGCGGGUAUACAAGGCUUAUUUCCGUCAACGUUGGCCAGUCUGACAAAAGACCUGGCUAAAAGUGGUACCAGAAUUGGCAUGGUAUUUACCAUUAUCAGUAUACCGUGUCUCACGGGGCCACCUUUAGCAGGUAAAUUGAUUCAAAUAUGCAACGGUAGCUACUUAGGUGCGCAAAUCUGGGGGGGUUCUUGUCUGCUUUUAGGAGGCAGUCUCCUAGUCGCAGCUCGAAUAGCAAGCCUGAGGCGCCGAUGCUAA